AGUAAUAUUUAUCUAUAUAUAUGACCAACUUAUUGUAGCUUUAAAAAACUCUGUUGUAUAAGAAAUAUGGCGAAAACAGAACUAUGUUAUUUGCUUUUAGUUGUUGUAGCUGAGCUUUGUUCAGGGUCUGCAGCAGCUGGUUCACAAGUGAAGUUUCUUCCAGGAUUUCAAGGACCACUUCCUUUUGAACUUGAAACUGGUUAUGUUGGAGUAGGUGAUAGGGAAGAUGUACAACUAUUCUACUAUUUUAUAAAGUCGGAGUCAAAUCCAGAAACAGACCCUGUUCUACUUUGGAUCACUGGAGGCCCUGGUUGCUCUGCUCUAUCCGGCCUUAUCUAUGAGAUUGGACCAAUAACUUUUGAGCCAGUGGAAUACAAUGGAAGUUUGCCUACAAUGAUACUGAAUCCUUACUCAUGGACAAAGGUGGCAAGCAUUAUUUUCUUAGACUUACCAGUGGGCACUGGAUUUUCCUACGCGAGAACUCCAGCAGCUCUACAAUCAUCAAAUUUACAAGCAAGUGAUCAUGCAUAUCAGUUCCUUCGCGAGUGGUUUGUCGAUCACCCAGAAUUUUUAAGGAAUCCAUUAUAUGUUGGCGGAGACUCGUACUCAGGGAUGGUUGUUCCCAUUAUUACUCAAAUCAUAGCAAUCAGUAAGACUAUAUUUGCUGUUUUAGUCCUAUGCUCUAUAACAUUUUGCCUUGUACUAUGCUUUCACAUUUUAUGGCCUUGUGAUAUUACAGAGAAUGAAAUAGAAAUCAAACAAUGUAUCAAUCUUAAGGGAUAUUUACUCGGAAAUCCAGCGACUUUUAAAGGUGAAAACAAUUAUGGGAUUCCAUUUGCUUAUGGAAUGGGACUUAUUUCUGAUGAACUCUAUGAGUCGUUGAAGACCAAUUGUAAAGGAGAGUACCUUAAUAUAAAUCCAAGCAAUACACUGUGCUUGCAAGAUGUUGAAACUUUUCACAAGCUUCUUAAAGGAAUUAAUAAUCCCCAUAUUUUGGAGCCCAAAUGUAAGUUUUUUUCACCAAGGCCAAAGUUACUGUUUGGCCAAAGAAGAUCUCUUGAUGAAAAGUUUCAUGAACUUAACAAUCCUCAACAACUUCCUGCACUAAAAUGUCGUACUGAUUGGAACAAACUUUCUUAUCAUUGGGCUGAUGAUGGUCAAGUUAGAGACGCCCUCAACAUCCGGAAGGGGACAAUCGGAAAAUGGGAGAGAUGUGCAAGUUUGCAAUUUCAAAAGACAGUCAUGAGUAGCAUACCAUAUCAUGCAAGCCUCAGUAGGAAAGGUUACAGAUCUCUUAUAUACAGUGGAGAUCAUGACAAGGUUGUUACCUUCCAAUCAACUCAAGCAUGGAUAAAAUCUCUUAACUACUCCAUUAUUGAUGAUUGGCGACCUUGGACUGUUGACAAUCAAGUUGCCGGUUACACAAGAAGUUACUCAAAUCGGAUGACAUUUGCCACAGUGAAGGGAGCAGGCCAUACUGCACCAGAGUAUAAACCUCGUCAAUGUCUGGCGAUGCUUAAAAGGUGGAUGUCUUACCAGCCCUUGUAGUCAACACAUAUAUAGCAAUUUGUAAUCUGUUAAGAUACCAAUAUAUGGAACAGUUUCAUUUCUUA